AUGUUGAGCGCUCGGGCUUUGGUUGGGAUCGGCUUCCUGGUGACUUCCCGAGCCGCCCUCGCUCAGACGGGGACGUGCUCGCCGCCCACCGCCGCUGACCGCCACCGGAGGGAGCAGGAGGAGGCGCAGCGCAUCGACCAGGAGCUCUUCAGCGAGUACGGCUUCAGCGUGGAGCAGCUGAUGGAGCUCGCCGGCCUCAGCUGCGCCGCCGCCGUGGCCCGGGCGUAUCCUCUCACGUCGCUGCUCAAGGCCAGACCUGCUCUGCUGGUCAUCUGUGGGCCUGGAAACAACGGCGGCGACGGCCUGGUCGCUGCCCGCCACCUGAAGCUCUUUGCUCUGACCACCCAGUGCCAGAAGAUGGACAUCCCCUUCCUGAGCGAGAUGCCAGAGGCGGGCGUCAUCGAUGAAGCCUACAACCUGGUAAUAGACGCCAUCUUUGGCUUCAGCUUCUCGGGCGCCGUGCGGGAGCCUUUCGGCGCCAUCCUGGACGAGCUGAGGAAGACCACGGUCCCCAUCGCCAGCAUCGACAUCCCCUCAGGGUGGGACGUGGAGCAGGGCAGCUCAGACGGGCUCCAGCCCGACAUGCUCAUCUCUCUGACCGCCCCCAAGAAGUCGGCCUCCCAGUUCAGGGGGCGCUACCACUUCCUGGGGGGGCGCUUUGUGCCCCCCAGCCUGGAAAAAAAGUACCAGCUCAACCUGCCUCAGUUCCCCGGCACCGACUGCGUCCUCCAGCUGUAAUCUGCGAGUCAACCUGACGAUUGAGUUUCCUCUGUAGCUGAGGGCGGCCAUGUUGGAUCCUGAGACUCUUCUGGUGCUCAGAGUCCCAGAUCCAGAGGUUUUGGGGGGGGGUUCGUCUUCCUGGUUCCAGCUUCUGGGUCCAAAUGAGUCCCCAAAGUUUGACUUUUUGGGGGGAAACUGUCGUCAAACUGGAAGUUGGAGCAGCUUUUUGG